AGUUGACAGUAAAUUAUAUUUUAAGUUCUUUUUAAACCAAUUCUCUCUCUUUCCCCCUUUUCUCUCCCUUCUCUCCUGCCUCUGCCUCCCUUCUCCGCCGCUGUGUUGUUUUUGCUCGGAAGCCUUUGAGCUUCCGAGGUUUUGAUGCUUGAGCCGCCGGGUUUCCUGGCCGUUCAAGCAUGGUUGGAGCCGCCUUGUGCUCCCCCCUCCGACGACCCUCCCGGGUCUGUCGGUUUUUGGGUCCCCUUUGGUGACCCCUUUGGUUUUCUUGUUUGUUCUUAUUGUUUGGUUUUUAUGUUUCUUGUAUAGUUUGUUUUUCAGAUCUGGCGACUCUCGCUCUCUCCUGCAGAUCUUGUUAGGGGUUCGCUGUUUUUUUGGGUUGUUUGCGGAUUCGGCGGUGGUCCCUCCAUCCGGCAGCUUCUCGGUGGGGUUGCACGCGGGGGAUCCUAGAUCUGGCAACCUCGCGACCCACCUGCUGCCUCCGUCGGAUCGGGUCUCUGCAUCGGCAUCCGGGAGCCUGGCGCACCUUCCACAUGGGUAGAUUGAAGGGUGUCCCGUUCGGAUCGCUCGACCGAAGGCCGCGGAAUAACUGGGUCCUUAGUGGUUGUUCGAGUGUCAUGUGCACCUCCCUUCGGCCUCUGGAUUUGGGUCUACUCUAAUUUCUUGCUCCUGUUGUAUUUUUACUGUUUAUUUAUCCUGUAGAUGCCGUAUGGCAGUGUUUGAAUUGAUCCAUUUUCGUUAUGUUAAAAAAAAAAGUUCUUUUUA